AUGGCCUCCACAUCCCGUGAUGACAAGUCCCCCACGCCAGUUCCUGUGGAGCCGGCCAUCCAGGAGCUGUUCAGCUGCCCCACCCCCGGCUGCGACGGCAGCGGCCACGUCAGCGGGAAGUACGCGCGACACAGGAGCGUGUAUGGUUGUCCCUUGGCUAAAAAAAGAAAAACACAAGACAAACAGCCCCAAGAGCCGGCUCCCAAGCGGAAACCGUUCGCGGUGAAGGCGGACAGCUCGUCGGUGGACGACUGUUACGACAGCGACGGCUCGGAGGACGUGGACGAGAAGGAGGAGGACGAGGAUGAGGAGGACGAGUCCGACGAGGACGAGGAGCAGAGGGAGGAUGAGGAGGAGGACGAGGACGGGGACCGCGAGGACGAGGAGGAGGACGACGAGGACGACGAAGGCCGCCAGCUGGGCUGCCACGGCGCGCGCGCGCUGCAGGACGCGGAGAAGGACGACAACAACGACGACGAGUACGACAACUACGACGAGCUGGUGGCCAAGUCGCUGCUGAACCUCGGCAAGAUCGCGGAGGACGCGGCGCACCGCGCGCGCACCGAGUCCGAGAUGAACAGCAGCACGUCGCACAGCCUGGAGGACGACAGCGACAAGGCGGAGGCGCCCGGCCGCAAGGGCGAGCUCAGCCUGGACCUCGACAGCGACGUGGUCAGGGAGACGGUGGACUCGCUGAAGCUGCUGGCCCAGGGCCACGGCGCCGUGCUGGGGGACCACCCCGGCGACCGCGCCUACGCGGACGCGCUGGCGCCGCCCGACGGCCGGACCUUGAGCUACGGGAUGCUGGGCAAGCCGGCCAACAACGGGCUGGCGGACAAGCUGGUGGAGGAGAGCGACGAGGAGGUGUGUCUGAGCAGCCUGGAGUGUCUGCGCAACCAGUGCUUCGACCUGGCGCGCAAGCUGAGCGAAGGCAGCCCGCAGGAGCGGCCGCCCCCGCCCGGCGCCGGCCCGCGCGCGCACGGCCGCCCGGAAGACGACUUCCCGGGCCGGACGCCGGACCGCAGCUACUCGGACAUGAUGAACCUGAUGCGGCUGGAGGAGCAGCUGAGCCCCCGGCCCAGAACGUUUUCCAGCUGUGCCAAGGAGGACGGCGGGUACCGCGAGCGCGACGACGACGCCGCCUCCGUGACCUCCGACCGGUCGGAGGAGGUGUUUGACAUGACCAAGGGCAACCUGACCCUCCUGGAGAAAGCCAUCGCCCUGGAGACCGAGAGGGCCAAGGCCAUGAGGGAGAAGAUGGCGCUGGAGGCAGGCCGGAGGGACAGUCUGCGGUCCUUCGAGGACCAGUCCCCGCGGCCGCUCCCCGGGGAGGAGAGGAAGCCUAAGUCCGCGGACAGCCAUGUCAAAAAGCCAUACUAUGAUCCCUCGAGAGCAGAAAAGAAAGAGAGCAAGUGCCCCACCCCCGGGUGUGACGGAACGGGCCACGUAACCGGGCUUUAUCCGCAUCACCGCAGUCUGUCCGGAUGCCCGCACAAAGAUAGGGUCCCUCCAGAAAUUCUUGCCAUGCAUGAGAAUGUUCUCAAGUGUCCUACUCCAGGCUGCACGGGGCGAGGGCAUGUAAAUAGCAACAGGAACUCGCACAGAAGCCUUUCCGGAUGCCCUAUUGCUGCAGCAGAGAAACUGGCAAAGGCCCAGGAAAAGCACCAGAGCUGUGACGUGUCCAAGUCCAGCCAGGCCUCCGACCGAGUGCUCAGGCCCAUGUGCUUUGUAAAGCAGCUGGAGAUCCCACACUACGGCUACAGAAACAACGUGCCCACCACCACGCCUCGCUCCAACUUGGCCAAAGAGCUGGAGAAAUACUCCAAGACGUCGUUUGACUACAGCACAUACGACAGCCAGACUUACGGCAAGCGGGCCAUAGCUCCCAAGGUGCAAACCAGGGACAUAUCCCCCAAAGGAUUCGAUGCGAAGCGGUACUGCAAGGACGCCAGCCCCAGCGGCAGCAGCGCCAGCACCUACGCGCCCAGCAGCAGCAGCAACCUGAGCUGCGGCGGCGGCAGCAGCGCCAGCAGCACGUGCAGCAGGAGCAGCUUCGACUACACGCACGACGCGGAGGCCGCGCACAUGGCGGCCACGGCCAUCCUCAACCUGUCCACGCGCUGCCGCGAGAUGCCGCAGAACCUGUCCACCAAGCCGCAGGACCUGUGCGCCGCGCGGAACCCUGACAUGGAGGUGGAUGAGAACGGGACCCUGGACCUGAGCAUGAACAAACAGCGGCCGCGGGAAGGAUGCUGCCCGAUCCUGACGCCCCUGGAGCCCAUGUCCCCCCAGCAGGCAGUGGUGAGCAGCCGGUGCUUCCAGCUGAGUGAGGGGGACUGCUGGGACCUGCCCGUGGACUACACCAAGAUGAAGCCCCGCAGGAUGGACGGGGACGAGUCCAAAGAGCUCACCCCAGAAGACUUGGACCCCUUCCAGGAGGCCCUCGAAGAAAGAAGGUACCCAGGGGAGGUGACCAUCCCAAGCCCCAAGCCCAAGUACCCCCAGUGCAAGGAGAGCAAGAAGGACCUGAUAACAUGUCCAACACCAAGGUGUGAUGGGAGUGGUCAUGUGACUGGUAAUUACGCCUCACAUAGAAG